CGUCAAUAGUGAAGGACGCCACUCAAAACAUCAUCAAGAUGGCUUGGUUUCACUCUUUUUUCGCUAUAUGUUAUGCCAUCCUUUUCAUCUUCUUUGUGGUUCCUGCUUCAGGCAUACCAGAAGUCACCGAGCCAUACCCUGGUCACGUGGUUGGCAUUGAAGGAGAAAACAUCAGCAUUACCUGUGUAUUAAUCGACUUGGAAAACGACACUACCCAUGACAACGUUACUAAGAUAGAGUUUUACAAAAUCACAAGCAGAUUUGGAGACAAGAGACGAAUUGUUAACGAUGGCAAAUACUCCUAUGACCACAAGACGGACUAUUUUAGAGGCGUUCCAAGAUGGAAUGGAACCUUGAUCAUCAAUAACAUUACCAGUCACGAAGCAGGCCAAUAUGAAUGUCACGUGAAUGACACAUAUGCAAGAUACGGAUUUGGUAUCAGCUAUAUUGAAAAGAAAGAUCUUCCAGAGAUUAAAUUAUCCGAAGAUAAAGAAGUGGAUUUCAACACGCCAGUGAAUCUGUCGUGUAACUUAGUCAAAAAAGGGAAGAAGUUCAGUGUUAAGUUGGUCGAAAUCGCUUGGUUCAAGGGAAAUGACAAGCGCGAAGAGGUUAAAAAUCUUGCUGAAAAUGAAAAGUUAUUGCCGAAUCUUACUCUGAAUAUGGAAAAACCCGAGGAUGCUGGCACUUACAAAUGCCAACUCACUUCAAUUCUUCGACUUCAAAGGGAAUAUAUAACCACUGGUAAAAUCCAAGUUAAAGUGAUACCAGCGUUCCCGAGAAAUCAAAUGCUUCUUGGCGAUGACAAUGAAAUCAUUAAGACCGAGAGUGAAUCUGCUACAAUGAACUGCGGGGCCAAAGGCAAUCCAAUACAGAUUAUCUGGCAGAAGCAUGGACGCUCAGAAACCACAAGGACAAGCUUAACCCAAACAACCAACUCUUCAAAGUACAUUUUUGAUUCAACCACUAACUACGAAGGAUUCAAGUUAGAAAUCCAUGAUCUCGACUAUGAUGACCGUGGUGAAUAUUACUGCUGUAUCAAAUAUAACGCUAGUCUCGAGAAAUGCCAAGAGUUUACUCUUAGGGUUAAAGAUCCCCUUGGUUGGUUAUGGCCGCUGAUUGGAAUAAUAUGUGAAGCUAUUCUCAUCAUCCUUAUUCUACUGAUUGCCGCCAAAUUCAAAGCAAAAAAAGAAAAAACCUACAGAUCUGACGCCAACACAGAACUUAGCUACACAAUCUCUAAUGAAGGAAGCAAAGGACACAUCCGCUUACGUAAUACUGGAGCCACGACAAAUUAGAAAUACAGUACAGUACCGAUCCUUGAGGAGUGUUAAAAUCCUUCUUACCGGGUACCACUGGGGCAUUUAGCUGCAUUCAAUACCUCGGGGUCAAUGGGGACUGAUGGGUUGGUGUAAUAGGAUAUGUAACUUCCCUUCCUAAUAGGUUAAAACUGGCUUUUGAAACACAAACAGAAUACAACGAGCCAGUAAGUCGUAUUUUUUUAAUGCUUCAUAUUGAUAAGCGCAUUAGUUUAACCGUUAUAUCACACCUAUUUCAAAAAAUGUUGUCGGUCGGAGAUCUGAAAUGGGCGAUCUAAGCGAUCUUAAUUGUGCUUUAAUUUCUUCUGGUGAAAAUACGAAAAAUCAGAACUCAAAGGUCAUGCUUCAUUUUCCAAUCUAAAACGAAACUGUGUUGUUCAGCAUCGAAUUUAUUACAUUUUCAAAUAGAUUUCCGACCGACAACGAUCAGGUAUGUAUUGCCUAUAGUCGGUUUUCAUUGUUGAAAUAAUAAUUUUCCCAAAUCUGAAUGAUCUUAAAUUAGAUACUCACGUAUUCUAUUCGUACUUGAAUCAGGUGCUGUAGACCACGAAGGUAACCUUUGAUCGGUUAUAGGCUCUCCUGAAAUAUGACAAUCAAAUAAGCCUUUUGAUAUAUACACAUAAGCAGUAUAUUAUACACCACAGCGGUAAUGAAUAUUGCACACGUUUACGUCGUUGUUAACAUAGCAGGCUAUUAGUUAAUUCGACCGCGUAAAAAUAUAUCAUCAAAGUUGAAUGUUUGGGUUCAUAAUUUCCGCGGGAUACCGUAAAACUCUAGAUAAAUCAGUAAAUGUCAUAAUUACACAAGAUUUCCUCUUCAUGCAAGUAAACAAGUAUCUGAGCUUUUGUACUAUAGACGAUACAAGACUUGCAGAAACAAAGAAAGGAUAGUACUUUUUGUUUUGUAAAAAAAAUAUAAAUAAAUGUACCUCACUAAA